CAUGUAAACGUGUGCAUUCGGCUGUGUGUAUGUGUGUGAGUGUGAAUGUGCUGUGUGCGUGUCUGAAUGUGAACAAGUUCAUGGCAAAAAAAUUAAAACUUAAUUCAGCCCUCUCUUUUGAGUUAUAUGUACAUGUCUGAGAAGAAGAGAACCGAAACGUAAAUGAUUUAUUCGAGACUUGUGAAACCGGGUGCCAGGACUGCUUCGUCGUAAGCUAAAAUGAAUUCACAAUAACAAACUCGGGCGUAGUUAAUUGGGUCUAUUACCAUCUUGUCAGACAGUAACGGAUUUGAAUAUAGUAUGAAGAGAUUGUCCAACGAAGGACAGGAAAUUCUGACUUUCACUGGAAGCUGUUGGGUUUCUACAACAGAAGUUGAGCGUGUCGUUGUGUGUGGUGAACUGCAUGUAUGUGUGAAUGUGUAUAACUGCUUGCUUAUAGCUUAUUGUGCCUUUUAAUGUGCAGAACUGUGCAUUUCAAUGAAUUAAUUGUAGUUAUAACGGGCUUGGGGCCACCAACAAAAGUAUUUUGCAGAAGAUAAGCCAUACAAAACGUCAUCAGAAUGUUGAAGACUUUAACUAAGAAGUUAAGAAGGCAUUCACUCAACGAGAUACAUCCCUUUCAACUUAAGAUCUCCUACCAUGGCAGUGGAGAGGGAGUGGAGAGCGAUGAUUCCGAGGGGGAAAAUCAGGAGCUUGCACAGAUUGACCGAGAACGACGGAGGAACUGCAGCCUCACCCCGUUGGCUACGAGCCAGCAACACAACCAGGGCCCGCUCUCCCCGGCCCGCCUCCGCCGCCUCCGCCUCCUCCUAGACCCCACCCUGGACCGCCAUUCCUCUGAGGAAGAGCUCGAGCGAAUCAGCCGCGGCAUCGGCGACGGCAGGAAGUGGACGUCGACGCUGCACCCUCGGCACGGCGACCACCACAGCAGCGCCUCCAGCGACGAGGAGGUGCGGGACUUGUGUGGCUGCGGGCCAGCCUCGUCCGCCAGGCCGCAGGUGGAGCCUGGUGCUUGCUUGGAAGCCUCCUCGAGCCCAGUGCUCUUCAGCUCCAGCCCGCCGCGCAGCCUCAAGGCCCCUCCAGUCCUGCUACAGCUGCAGGUGAUGCAGCCGACAGCCAGGCCCAUCAUCUUGACCCACUUUGACCAGUCAGCGGUGCCCUACAGGAAGCACAGGCACAGCUAUGGGGGAGAGCCCAGGAGGCCCAGCCUGGACCUUGAGAAAAUGCAACAGAAAAUGCUCCUGAAAAAGAACUGUGGAGGGAAAACCAGGACCAUUAAGAUACGGAACCUGACCGGCACUCGUCCUCCACCCCGAUACGCCUACGAUCCCUCCAUCUUCGCCUUCCGCUCCCUCAGCACGGCCCUGCCUCGCAGCCCGCUCACUCUGGCGGACGAGCCGCCUUGCGUGUGAAGAGGCCACAUCGACGUCCCCCCCGCCUCCCCCCACACACACACGCGUACACCACACACACAAACCAAGUUGGCUACGGUAUCGUUUCCCAUGAUAGAACUGAAUGCCAGUAAGCGUUUUAGGAAAUGCAGACUAGGAAUACUAUCCGAUGCAAAGCCAUCAUUUGGAGUCCAUGUGUCACACUCAGGUAAUCCCAUUUUGAUGAUACACUGUUUUGACCACUGUCUGCGGUAUGGAGCAUUCAGGGUCCCACAAACCUAGGAGUCUUGGCAUACAACAAGGUGCCCCCCCCCCCCAUACCUCCCCCUCAACUCUUCUUAAAAACGACACCACUUCAGAAUUGCAGUUCUGAGGAUACUUCAGGUAUUUCAUAAUAUAAACCACUAGCUGAAUUUCUGCUAGAGAGAGAGAGAGAGAGAGAGGGAGAGAUCAGAAAUACUGACUUCUUGAAGAGAACGGGAGGGGCGAUGCGACAGCUUGAAGCAGGCGGCUCAUAUGCUUCCUCAUAAUGGAAGUGUGCUUUGACAAGACAAUCAAAAUCCAAGCUGCAGGCGGGUUUUCGUGUCGAGGGUGACUGAACACAUUCCGGGUUGGACACUGCACUCUGUCCUAGAAUGAACGUCUGAAGGAUUUCUGCAUCUAUAAAAGCGACGGUCGCACACGCAGGUCAAGGACGAGUAUGAUGUCACCCAAGGUCAACCUUUACCUAUGAAUACUUUUGUUGGAUGUGUUAUUUGAAUUAUACAGGUCAUAAUGAAAUAUUAUCAAACAUAUGACCAUAGUUCAUUAGGCACCUUUAAAAAAAAAAAAAAAAAUGUUACCAUGAAUGCCUGUUAACAGAGUUUGUGAAAUUUAGCCUUAUAGGAAAACCAGGUUAAAAUGGAGUACUGUUGUCCUCUUUCCUGCAUGCAUUUCAUUGUGCUAUGUGCAGAAGAUACUGUGUCUGGAUAUGGAAAGACAUAUUGGGAAUGUUCACUGCACAAAAUAGAAGAUCAACUGGUGCUUUGUCAUGUAUAUGCGUAGUGUGGUAUCAUGCAUUUCUCCAUAUCGUACCUCCUUUUCUUAUAUUCAUGGCACACUGUAGGUUGUUUGAGUCAACCGACAGUUUUCCGAACAGCUCUGUAUGACGAACCAUAUCGAAUGUAACCUGAGGAAAGACUGAACCUUUCAAAGGUCGACAUACUGAGGUCACGAGAACACACCUUUUUUUUCCGCUUAAUUGACACGCCGACCUGUCUCAUGCAUCGAGUGUGUCGGGACGUGUAAGGAUGCGUGCAAGAUCGCAGUGUCACUGCUGUAAGCUUAAGUUGCUGUGAUGUAUACGUGUCGUAUUGCAUCAAGUUCCUGGACGAAUAAAACACAAAUGCCCUUUUGAGCUCUUGA